CUUCUUCCUUCUGCACCGACUUCUAAUUCCGCACCGUUUGGUACCCAAUUCCAUCCUACCAUCAAAUGGAUUUUAGCACAUUUGUUCCAAGAUAUGUUCAGUGUUCAGCGCAGAAGGUUGCCCCAAGGCUGUGCCAGAGCAACAACCUCACAGGUAAUUUCGAAACAUGUUCUUCGACAAGUUUUCAGUGAAGGAGAUGUAACAAACAAGAAUGUUAAUCGCCGGACAGUUAAAUCCUUCAUGCCAGAGUUGCAGGAUUCCAGUAUUGUGAAAAAGCUUUGCCCUCAAUCAAAGACUUCAUUAAUGCUUUUGGAGAUUUCACUUGCAGCUUACCUGGAAACUAAUUCUAAGUAUCAUAAUCUUGGAGAUUUAGUUGUAGUAUAAAAUGUGCAGUAUUGACUAAGUACUAAGAGUCAGUGGUAGGUAUUCUAUUCAUAAAUUCUGGUCAAAAAA